AUCACUGGCGCUACAAAUAUACCUAAACAUUUUUCGAAUUGUGACUUAUGGUAAUCAAUAAUAGAUGGCGCUAAUAAUUCGUCUAAAAAAGUAUAAAAGACUCUGUGUCUAUGUGCAAUGCUUUCCCGCCAUUCGACGAUUUGUGAGCUAACCAUUCUAUAAUUAUUUUAGAGUAUCGCCUCUUGUACGAAUUUAUAUAUUGAAUACCCUCACAAAAAAUUUGUUCUCAUCGUAAUUAUCAUAAGUAUCAAUAUUUUAACAUGGAUGUUUCCGAUAUUACUAAAGUAGCAAGCAGAAAGAGAAUGAGUGAAGACGCUGAAAAAUUACGCGACAAAAUAUCUCGUGAAACUGCAAAAAUUAUAAAAUUGAAGGUCGCACAGGACACAGCAUAUUGGGAUUUGAAGGAAAAGCUUCAGCAAGUGGAAUCCAAUCAUGAGCGAUUGCAGCAGAACAUGGUGGAAGUCCAGAUGCAGCACGAGACAACAUCUGGCCAGUACGAGGACGAACUGCGCCUGAGACCCGAGAUCCUAAACAAACUGGGCGGCACGCGGGCGCUGUGCGAGGUGCUGGAGGAGUACGGGCGGCGCGUGCGCGCGGGCGCGCGCGCCGCCGACCGCGCCGCGCUGGCGCUGGCGAGCCGCGCCGCCGCGGGGCGCGUGCGCCGCCUCGCGCAACACGCGCGCCAGCACGCCGCGCUGCACGACCAGCAAAAUUUUAUAUUGCACGAUUGA